UAUUCUGCAACACCCAGGGAGCAACUAGGGUUAAGUAACUUGCUCGGUGGCAGCUCAGUCACAGUGAAAGAGUGUGCUAAUCAAUUACUUACCCCGCUAACAGCAUUCUUAUCUGUACAGGAAAUCGAACCUGUAACCAUUAAGCUAGAAGUCCAACUGUCUUUCCAUCAAGAGCCCACAAUGUGGCUGGAGUCAGAGCAAAUGCCAGAGGCCUUCCAUUGUUCCCAAGGCCAAGCUCAUUGCGUCAAUUGAUGUGCAAGACCCUGUACCUACAUCUGUCAUUAAAAGGCAUUAUUGUGUAGUAUCAUGGCAUGAUUUAUACCCCUUUCCAGUUAUGUCACUGAAGGUGAGCUAUGUCAGGUUCCCAAAUAUAAAUUUGGUUGUGUGGUAAACACCUCUUCCGUGAGCCUCCAAUUUCCACUUAAGGCCCAGGAUACUGAUUUCGAACCAAAUCUAUUGACAACAAAGUUCUUUUUAAGUUUGUUCAGCAGUUUGGAACAGUUUACCAAAGCAAACUUUUUGGGGGAGUUCCUUUGUUUCAAAACCUUUGAGCUACCAUUUUUCUCUGAUGAUUACACAAUUGGUGAAUGUGUCACGAAGCUCCAUCUUCUUGGACGUGCUUCGUAUUCUUACAGUUCAUAAUCAGACUGGAGAAAAACAUCCAGCACAGCAACACAAAAUUAGCAACAUGAAUACAUUGGAGGGUCAAGAAGCAGAACUGGUACAGAUGUAUUCGCACCUGUACUAUCACACCAUACGAGAAGCACAACUGCGAUGUGCCACCUCUGAUAAAGUUCUUGUUGUGUUUAGCAGUAGGCUACUCAAGCAGCAUGACACAGUUAGAACUCUGCCUACUGCUACGGCAUGGCAUCCAAAGGUUUGGAAGCAGUAUACCAUCACUCAGCCUUUUCAAACAUCUUUUUGCCCUCAAACAAAAAACAAAACAAGUUUCUUUGAAGUAAACCAGGGCCUUAUUUCUAUCUUGGUUCCUGUUUCAUUUGUCCAGUUUCAAAUCUCUGUCAUGAAUAAUCCUGCCCAGCCUCCUCUCUGUCUGGAGUUCUGCUGCCUCAUUUCUGCCAUCUUCCUUAAGCCCCUCAGGUCAUUUUCCUGUUGCUCCACUUUGCUGUUCAGACUUGCCAUGGGCUUUCUAAGCAUCAGCUCUGCCUCAGUCAGUGGAUUCCUCAGCGUGGCUUUGAUCUUCUGAUCCCGGGACUCCACGCCCAUAGGCUUCAUUGUCCUUUUGUCAUCACCUUCAUCUAUUAUCAUUCUAGGGACACCUUGGGUCUCAGCCUGAGGCCAUGUCCAUAGAUAACACCUGCUACUAACAUGCCCAUUGCAGAGCCAGUGCCAGCCACUAUGGAGCCCAAACUCACUGACCCACUGACUCACUGACUUACGUCUUACCCAUAAAGCCAUUCCCCUGCUGGUUUGGUCCAACAUGUUGCAUUGCUCUGUAAAAUUGCCUAUCUCUAAACACUCUUCAAUUCAGUCCAGUUCCCUGUCCCAGACCCACUGGUUCUCCUCUGCAUGAUAAGUCACUUGGUACCAUUCUUUUGCCAUGCUCUCUUACUCCUUUCUGCAUUUACUUCUUUUCUUGCUCAUCAUCCUCUGACUCAUUGGCUACCCUGAUCACUCCUUAGCCUCCUGGUCCACCAAUCUUCCCCUGCCCACAAUCUUCACUGGCAUGAUCAUGGUCUACAGAGCUACCGUUGUCAUUAGGGUUUGUCUUGUGAGUUCCAAUCUUGAUGCUCCUUUAAACCAGGCAAAAUGCGACCUGGAACAUUGAUCUUCCUGCUCCCGUGUAAUCUGUCAUCCAUCUGUAGGUUUUGCCUUCACCAGGGUCCCUCGUCUAUCCAGGCCAUCCUUGGUUUGGGGCUCCACCUAGGUCUCUGCUCCAACUAGUCAUCUAAACCCCAGAUCCUUGUCUGCCCUUAUUUUAAAUGUACUGAUAAAAAUUACAUUUAGUUUAAUUAUAUUAUUUUGAUUGGUACUUAAGGCAUUUGGCAGAAUCCAUGUGUAUAUUUUGCAUGUGAUUAUCAAGACUGUGACCAUGAGAUGUAGCGAAAAGGCAAACACCUAAAAUUAUAUGUCAGCAUUUUCUAAAUGAACAUUGACCAGUCAAAAUGACAGGAACCUCCGCCCCUUUUACAACCCUACAAGGGGAGUGGUGAGUGUUAAUAUUUCUCUGAAGUGACCAUCAUACAUUAAUUUCUUCACUCACAGCUUCAACAGUUGCACCAGCCUAAAAUCUGACGGUUGUGGAUUAUCAUGGCUAAACGUGUUGCUAUUAUUGGAGGAGGAACCUCUGGACUGGCCUGCAUCAAAUGCUGUCUGGAUGAAGGGCUGGAGCCUGUGUGUUUUGAGACCAGUGAUGAUAUUGGAGGACUUUGGAGGUUUAAGGAAAAUCCAGAUCCCGACCGAGCCAGCAUCUACCACUCACUGAUUAUUAACACUUCGAAGGAGAUGAUGUGCUACAGUGAUUACCCAAUCCCAGCUCAUUUCCCAAACUACAUGCACAACUCCCUCAUCAUGGAAUACUUCCGCAUGUACGCUGAACACUUCCAGCUUAAACGGCAUAUUCGUUUCCAGACCAGAGUCCUUCAUGUCACACCGAGGCCAGACUUCCCUCACUCUGGACAGUGGGAUGUAGAGACCGAAUCUAAGGAUGGUCAAAGAAAGAAGCAGGUGUUUGAUGCUGUGAUGGUCUGCACUGGUCACCACUGUCACCCCCACCUUCCUCUAAAAGACUUUCCAGGAAUAGACAAAUUUAAGGGGAAAUUCCUUCACAGCCGUGACUACAAAAACCCAGAAGACUGGCGAGGGAAGAGGGCAGUUGUGAUUGGCAUUGGCAACUCCGGAGGAGAUAUUGCUGUGGAGUUGAGCAGAAUGGCCAAACAGGUUUAUCUGAGCACACGGAAGGGAUCCUGGAUACUCAAUCGUGUGGGAGACAGUGGCGUUCCUUUUGAUAUGAUAAUUAAUAACAGAGCAAUAAUGUGGUUUCUUGACUCGUUGCCUGUUAAAUAUCGUAACAAACUGGGAGAGAGUCGUCUCAAUAAACGCUUUGACCACAAGCUCUAUGGGCUGCAGCCUGAGCACAGAGUUUUCAGCCAACAUCCCAUGGUCAAUGAUGAUUUGCCAAACCGGAUCCUCUCUGGGACCGUCUCGGUCAAGCCCAAUGUGCAGGAGUUUCGUGGAUCUAGUGUGGUGUUUGAGGAUGGCACUGUUGAGGAUGACAUUGAUCUGGUGGUGUUUGCCACAGGCUACACUUUCUCAUUCCCCUUCCUGUCUUCACAUGUGAUUCCUGUCUCCAACAACAAGGUAUCCCUGUACAAAUUUGUGUUUCCUCCAGCACUGGAGCGCUCAACUUUAGCAGUGAUUGGUCUGAUCCAGCCUUUGGGAGCCAUUAUGCCUAUCUCUGAGAUGCAAGCGCGUUGGGCCACACGUGUUUUUAAAGGACUGUGUAAACUGCCUUCAAUGAACGCUAUGAUGAAGGACAUUAAAGCCAAAGAGCAAGCAAUGACUCAAAGGUAUGUGGCAGCCCAAAGGCACACCAUCCAGGUGGACUACAUCCCCUACAUGGAUGAGUUGGCUAAACAAGUGGGUGUUCGUCCUUCUAUCAUGAGGUUGCUGCUGACCGACCCAAGACUGGCUUUCAACAUCAUGUUUGGGCCCUGCACCCCAUACCAGUUUCGCUUGCAUGGACCAGGCCAGUGGGAAGGUGCACGUCAGGCCAUCCUGACUCAGUGGGAUCGAGUUGUGGAGCCUCUAAAAACACGCUGUACAAAGGAACCACAGUCACAGAGCUUCUCACAUUCACUCGUAUUCUCAGUGUCUGUAGCAGGGCUCCUGUCUGCUCUGUAUUACAGCAGAGCCAGUCUGCAAACAUUCAUAGAAAACCCUUCAGCUUUAUUUGACAGGAUCAGGGGGCUUGUACCAUUGCCAAUGCCCACACAGUGAUCAUGUAUCAGUCAGAAACAUACUUUAUGUGAAAUUAACAUUUCAUCUUUCCAUUCUAAUAAACUUUACCAGUCUGUGUAUGGGGCAGGGGAAAAUAAUGUGGGAAAUUCUGUGAAUUUGUUAUUGUAAUACUGAUACUUUGAUUUAUCAGCUUUAACCUUUGAAAAGCAAAUUGUGCAUAAUCUACAUUUCACUGUAAAGCUGAUUUCACACAAAGUUUGUGUAUCAGCCUAAUUAUUUUAAUUGAUGUGUGGUUUUAACAAACCGACGUACACUGCAAAAAGAUAUUUCAUUAAGUUAAAUUAUAGCUGUAUGACUUCCAGUUAUUAUUGUAGUUGAAAAUAUUACAAAUAAUAUUUCAAUAAAUAUAUUUGUUGCAAUUCU